AUGCUUCUCAAUAAUGCUUUACCUCUCUCGAGUAUUCUUCAGACCAGAGGAAUUCCAAUAAAUUUGACAUGUGUUUUUUGUUACAGAGAUUCGGAAACAUUGGAUCAUUUGUUUCGAGACUGUUCCUUUGUUCGUUCUAUUUGGAAUUCGACUACAAUUGGUUCCUCUUGUCCUCGUCGACAUGAUAUUUCUUUCCCUGAGGAGUUUGUUGAUUUAGCUUUGGGUUUUCGCAGUGCAAAGAAUUGGGAAGGACUAGUUCAUUUGGUGACUUUCUGGUGGGCUAUCUGGUUGGCUUGUAAUCAUAAAAUCUUUCGUCAGGCUGUUUUGUCUCCAGCUCUUGUUUUGCUUUUCAUGCAAGAUUGGUUUGAUAGGAGUUUUACAGCUCAGGAGUUUAGAUCUUUGAUGCAUUCAACGCUUAAUAAUCGUUUAUUGAGAUCAAGGAGAAAGGUUGUUUCUUGUUGUCUCACUGGUUCUUCCACAUUGUCCUUCAACAUUUGUCUGGUGUUUGAUGGGGCAUGUAGGGUUCAGGAUUGCACAGCUGGGGCAGGCUUGUCUGUGGGUCUUCGAGCGGCUAGUCGUCGUGGGUAUAGGAAGUUGUUAAUCUAUACGGAUUGUAUGCCUUUGUUUUCCCUCUUGAAGAACGGUGGUGACGGAGAUAUUCAGAGUUUAUGGCUGCUUCAGGAUAUCCGUUCUGUUAUUCAGAAUUUUGAUUCAUGUGAACUUCGAAAGGUUCCUCGUCAAUGGAUUGCUCCAGCACACUGGUUGGCGACUCAAGCUCGCCAGCGUCGGUUUUUGUUUUGGUCCUUUUAG